UAAAUUCUAAAAAAAGCAUUCAGUUAUUGGUAAUACCUUAACGCUAUGAAGACUUUAACGAUAUUUUUAGUUUUUGUAGCUUUUGUGGCUUCAGAAGACCAGAACGAAUAUAAAACGUUGGAUAUUGAAACUAAUUCUACUCAGACACAACAUCCUAGACAAUCUUUAUUUCCUGAUGGCCGAAUUGUUGGUGGACAAAGUGCUAAAAGUGGUCAGUUUCCGUAUCAGGCCGGUCUUGUAAUACGACUCAACGAAGGAUCAACAUUUUGUGGUGGAACUUUAAUUUCAAAACAAUCAGUUUUAACUGCUGCUCAUUGUUGUGAAAGAGCCAAAGAAAUGACAGUAAUUUUAGGAUCAGUACAAAUAUUCAACAAAACGGAACCCAGUAGAAAAGAAAUGGUUGUUUCAGGGAAUAAUAUUAAAAUCCAUGAGAAAUGGUCGAGUCAGCAAAAUACAAAUGAUAUUUGUAUUUUAAAACUUCCUGAACAAGUACCACUUUCUGAAAAUAUCGCAAUUGCUAACCUUCCUAGAGACGACUCAAAAGACUUUAAUAAUGAAAGUGUUAUUGGUUCAGGAUGGGGACGUGAUAGUGAUAAUUCCCAUACAGUUAGUCCGGUGCUUAGAUAUGGUAAAAUGAAAAUUUUAAGUAACUUUGUUUGUAGACUAUAUUUCAUGGGUUCGGUAUAUGAUACGAAUAUUUGUACAAACGGAAGAGGUGGUGUUUCAACUUGUAAUGGUGAUUCUGGUGGGCCAAUAGUUUUGGAAAAAAAUUUCCAACGGAAUCCGAUUAUAGUGGGCAUAACAUCGUUUGGGUCUGCUAGGGGAUGUGAACGUGGUUGGCCUGCAGUUUAUACACGAGUUAGUAAAUAUCUCAGUUGGAUUAACAAAAUCUUGCUACUGCUACCGCUACGACAUAGCAAAAUGACGGUAAUCUCAAUCUAUGAUGUCACACUCUGGUGCCUUGUAAUCAGAGCCAUAGAGUGUGUCGACUGGACAAAAGUGAAGCCAAUGCAAAUGGUGGCCAUGUACUCCACGGAGGGUCAACCUAUGGUAUUUAAUCUUGAAAGUGAACGUUUACAAAUGGAUUUGCUACCAUCAGGAGCAAGUAUAGAUGGUAGUAGUUCGGAUGCCAUCAUGGAAAGGAUAUUCGGAGGAACUAUGGCAAAGCCGAAUGCCUUUCCCUAUCAGGCUGGGAUGAUGUUGCAACGAGCCCAGGGACUUUAUUGGUGUGGUGGUUCGUUGAUUUCCGAUGAAUAUAUUCUGACUGCGGCACAUUGUGUGGAUGCAGUGCGGAGGGCUUUGAUAUUUCUCGGUGCACACGAGAUUCGCAAUCGAGACGAGGAUGGCCAGAAACGUAUCGAAGUUACGAAGAGAAAUUUUCUAAUUCACCCUGAGUGGAAUGCCCGGCGAUUAAGGAACGAUAUAGCGCUGGUCAAGCUCCCUGAGCCUAUUACAUUCACAGAGCGAAUCCAACCGAUAGCCUUGCCCCGACGAAGUUACGAAUACAAGGAUUUCAGCGAGAAAUUAGCAAUUGCCUCGGGUUGGGGUCGCUAUGCACCCGGAGUACAUGCCAUAAGUAACACAUUGCGUUACGUAAGGCUUAGAAUCAUAGAUGUCGAAACAUGCUCUCGAAGCUUUCCGUUUACAUACCAAUCGACAAAUAUCUGCACAAGUGGCAUGAAUGGGAAGAGCACUUGCCAUGGGGAUUCUGGGGGUCCGUUGGUUGUGCGAAAAAAAUCCUCCAAGAAGAGAAUUUUGAUUGGAUUAACUUCGUUUGGAAGUGUUUUUGGAUGUGAUAAGGGAUAUCCUGCAGCUUAUACGAAGAUUGUGUCAUAUUUGGAUUGGAUAUUGGAUGAAACGGGCAUUGAAAUUGAAUACAAGUCAUCGGACGAUGAAACAAAUAUUGGUGGAAGUGGGGAGUUGGUGGAUUCAACACAGGGCCUUGGCUACCGUUAUGAGUAG